CGGCAAAAGAAGCCGACGAGUAGCACAGUUUUGACGUCUCACUCCGCGUUCUACUUUUAUACUUGGAAAAUUUUCUGAUUCCGUACUUUCGGGGCUAAUUUCGAAAGAAAUAGUGUCAAUUUGGAUGAGAAAUAUCUGGUUGCGUUGAGUACAAGGUGUUUUCGGUUGGGUAUAGGUGGUAAUUGGAUGGAAAAGUGCAUUUGAGGAUAUCAGCAGCAGCAAAUAACUGAAAACGUCUAGGGAGCAACUUUGGAGCAAAUAAGGCGAACGAAAACAACAAGUGACUGACUGACAGUUCCGUUUAUUAUUGUUGAGAGAGCGCGCGUUGACGACGAUCAAGAAGUGCAAGCAAAUUUGCAAGCGCCUGUGAGAGUUGUUUUUUUUCUGUUUUCUAAAAAAGAAACUGCUCGUCUCCGUUGACUUGCCCCUUUGACACUUUCGUGAUCGGCAAACAGAUGCUUGUUGCCUGUCAGCGCCAGUUAUCGUCAUCACCAUCAUCAUCUUCAUCAGCAUGCAGCAUGUGGGCAACAGUAGGCGUGCGUGAUAGUGACAACUAGUCAAGUGUAUUGUGUAUGCGACUCAAAACGUGUAUAUGACAAAUUGUGAGGACGAAUCCCUUUGGGCAAGAAAACGCAAACCGCAAACCGGCGGAAAAAUUGACGUAUUGAACGAAGAAAAAACAUUCCAAUUGGAGAACCCCUCGGCGGCGCUGCUAGUGAAUCUAAUCAGACAAUGAACUUUCUCCACCCCUGAACAACUGUAUCAUAGGUCCCAAAGAACGAGCUACCCAAAUGUUUUAGAUUGAACAGAUCGUUCAAGGAGCAACAACUAUUUCCUUUUACCCAUAGCCGUACUAAGUAAGUUAAGAGUAACCGAUACAAAAAAAACAACACAUCCCUCGACAAAAUGACCUCAGUCAGAGACACGGCGUCGUUCUUCAGUAACGGCACCUCCAACCAGUUUGACUUCGUCCUAGCCCUGUAUCCCCAGGCACUGAAACUCAAGGCAGACAACAAAUGUAAAAAACCGGAAGAACUGAUCCGGCUGGAUGAUUGGUACCAGAAUAAACUGCCACAGUUGAUCAAGAAACGUGGCAAGGAAAGGUUCAUAGUACACGAGGAACUGGUUCAGACAAUGAAAUGGAAACAGACAAGAGGGAAGUUCUACCCGCAGCUGUCCUACUUGAUUAAGGUCAAUACGCCACGAGCGGUGCAAGCAGAGACAAAGAAAGCUUUUAAGAAGCUACCGAAUCUGGAACAAGCUAUAACGGCAUUGUCGAACUUGAAAGGCGUCGGAACAACGAUGGCUUCGGCUUUGCUGGCAGCUGCUGCUCCAGAAACCGCUCCUUUCAUGGCAGAUGAAUGUUUGAUGGCUAUUCCGGAAAUUGAAGGCAUCGAUUACACGACCCGCGAAUACAUGAACUUUGUCCAGCACAUUCGGGCCACGACAAAUAGGUUAAACGAAGAAGUUCACGGCCCCGUUAGUAGUUCAAAGGAGGACGGUAGCAACGACGAAGACAGCAACAGCGACGCUGCUGAAAAAGUUGAGAAGAAAUGGUCUCCGCAUCGAGUCGAGCUGGCCCUGUGGACACACUAUGUAGCACGGGAGUUCAAACCGGAACUGCUAGACGACAUGCCUGCACCCUCCAAAUCCAACUUCUCAGCAGGAUCCGCAACGGUUCCGACGGCAGCGGUAGCACCUGCCACAACGACACCAGUCGCAACCAAUGGCGCCUCGACGGUUCCCUCGCUAGCUUCCUCGGAAAACAACACCAUGGAGGAACCUUCGGACGAGAGCAACCUGGACACCGAACCGGGCAAAGGAACCUCGGACGAAUCCUCGAAAGACAACAACAAGUACACUGACAGCCUGGACGAGUGCACCAAAUCCGAAGACAGUCUGGAGAAGCCGAGCACCACGACGACCAGCAUCCGGAACAACAACAGCGACGAAGUGAUCGACAGUGACUCGCAGAGCAGCGCCAAACGGUCUGGUGGGACCUUCGACGACGAAGACGACGACGACGACGAAGAGGAUGAAGACGAGGAAAACGAUGAGGAGGACAAUGGAGACGGAGUUGCCGGCGAAGGGGACGAAAGUUCGGCUGACGGUGCUCCCGAAGCCAAGAAGGCCAAGCUGGAAUAAGUGGCAGCACGUGGAGGACUAGAGCAGCGGUGAGCAGGUUUUGUUUCCAAUUAAUUCCGAGCGCGAAGGGGGAAUGCAUAAUUACAAAUCAGAAUCAGUUAACAUAAUUGCGAGCGAAGAGCACGUCAGGAGUAGCGAUAUCAGAAUUUCGUACGGGGUGGGGUCAUUCGUGGAACGGGAAGGGGAAAACGAGAAUCGAAAACAGAUGGAAAACACACAUUUCUUUUUACAAAUUGCGACAGCGGAGCAAAAGAAAACCUUGAUUGCUAGUGAAUGAAAAAUUACGAAACUUUUGUUCGAAUCUAUUCCGGAACCUCUUGACCUGGUUCAACGAGCUCGAGGCAAAAAAAGGAAAAACUUUAAUUGAGAUAAGUUGCACGUUUCUCGAACGAAAAAAAAAAAAGAAGUGGAGGAGGUUAUCAACUUAAAUUUAUUUGACACACUGCCUCCGUCGUUGGCCCCGUUACCUACCGGAUGAAUAAGUGUAGGACGUGUUUUUUUUUUCUUCUUCUCGAAAAUGGAACCACUUGAAGUGCUUGCUGGCACCGAGAGGUUUAGUUUUUGUUCUAAUUUAUCCUAGUCCAAAAACCAGAUGGGACCGUGCUUUCUCGAAUUGAUUUGAUUGGUUUUCUUGCACGAAAUGGUUCGGCAAGACCAGAUGACAUUUGAUUUAGGGCGAAAGUCUCCCGGAACAAAUGUUUUGGUAGUACGGAUUAAAUUUUAACUGUUUUAUAAAAUGUUUAAUACUCGUUAGUAUGAAAAGGUUGAAUUGAAAUUGAUUUCAAUUCUUAUUAACCCUCUACUGCAUGAAUUAUGAACCAUUUCUAAAAAAAACUGUGACUGGAAAUAAAUUUAGUGACCUUAUUGACUAUGAAAUUUGUACCGAAAAAAUCAUAAUUGUUUUUUCAAUAGUUUGAAUUAUAAUUUAAAAUUGAAUACUGUAUUAUUGUUGCAUUGAAAUAGUUUGAAAUAUUUUACAGUAGGGGAGAAUGAGGAUACUUGAUCCCUGGGGAUACUUGAUUCCUUAGCUAUAUCUUCAAACUGGAAUGUCGUACAAAGAUCAAAUGUUCUAGAAAAAUGUGCCAAAUGGAACAAAACAGCAAUAAUUGAAGCUCAAAAAAUUUUAACAAAAUAAGUUUUUGGGUUAUUGAACUUUGUUUGAAAAAUUUCACAAAAUGUGACUUGAAGAUCUUUUUUCAUCAUUUUAAAAUGUUCCUAACAUGGAAAUAUUAUAACAAAAAUAUUUACUACAAUACAUCAAUCUUUCAAAUAUAAAAUGAACUUCAAAAUACAAUAUUUUCAAAGCGAUGGAAAACUCCCAACUUUUUUCAGAAUUUUUUUUCUAAAUUGUUGAUUUUGGGUACAAUUGAUCCCUAAUAUAUGGGUACAAAUGAUCCCGGUAUAUUCUUCUUCUCAAUGGAUCGUGUUAAGUUCUGAUUACGAGAUUACUUAUAUUUAUCCAAUAGCUAAUAUUCAUCCAUCAAUUAUCUGAAGAAAAGGGCUAAAAUAAUUGAUUUUCUCUUGUUUAUAAAAAAUUGCGCCCGUAACUAUGCAAUGUCAUAAGGGUUGAGAAUAAGCUAUAGAAUUUUAUUUUCUGACAAUUAGGUAGAUUGUGAAAUGAGAACAAACAUGACCAAAAUAGUCAAUUAACAUUUUAUCUUGGGGUUUUGUUUGAUUUUUUCCAUGGAUUAGGGCUUCCUGAAUAAACGAUCAAGUGACCCCUAACUUCAAAAAUAUCGCAUUUUUUUUACUCCCACGAAAAUGCUUCUAGUUCAUCUACGGGUUCAAGUAUCGUUCUAAUUUUAGGAGCAUGGAAACUUGAAAUAACACGCUGUCAGAAAAUGUAAAAAAGUGCGAGUUGCUAAAUUUUUCCAAAAAGAUAUGGGGAAAAUAAGAAAAGGGGAUCAAGUAUCCCCACUCUCCCCUACUGAAUUAUGCUAAAAAAUGUUUACAAAACUUAGUAAUCAUAUAUGGGCUCGUAUGCAGGAGACGUUGGAUAGAAGGGGCUUUUGAAACCUACAAAACAAAGAAAUUCUGACAAAGUGAAAAAAUUUCUAAAACUUCAAUUAUUUUGAAAUAAGCCACCUUAUAUUAGAUUCCUCGAGUUUCGAAAAUUGAUAUAGAAAAAAUUCAUUUAAUUCAAAUUUUGAUUAAAAAACUUCAGCUAUGAGAUACUUGUUAAAAUUCUAAACCACGAGGCAAAAUAACGAUUCAGAGAUCGUUAACUAUAGGUUACGGUGAAUCAAUGAAGACACUUGAAUACAGCAUACAUUUGUAGUUUACAGUACAGAGUUAUUAAAAUACUUAAACAUUUUCUUCAGGCUUGCAUUGGUUCUGAAUUAAAGAUAUGUAAUUUGACACAGAUUUUUCCAUAUCAAAUGAGCAUUCUAGGAAGAGAAUCGUUAAACAAAACUUUGAACUUUAAAAAUUAAAAUUAAGUUCCUAUUUCAAAUUUAAAAGUCCAUAAUUUUAUGAUAAAAACAGAUCUAUAUACUUAUGUAUACCUAUAUUGAAAAGUUAAGCUACUAAUUGAAUAAAAAUCUUAAAAACUAACAAAUAUUUUCAUUUUGAUGCAAAUUUUGUCUUAAGAAGUAUACUCCUUAAAGUAUGGACACGAAGUUUUAAAAAAAAAUUAGCAGCUGACGGUUUCAAUUAGCAUCGUUAGAGUUUUAAGGUGACUGACUCAAGGCAAAUUUUUUUAAGGAUCAUAUUUCUGGCUAUUUGGUGACAUAAGCCUUGGGGGGCCUUCCUAGCACUUGAGGAAUCUUGUAUUUUUAAUGCAUUCGAAAACAAUUAGAACGGAUUAGCACUUCAUGCUCCAAGAGUCCUCUAAGCACAUUUUCCAGCCCAUUUUUCUAAACAUUAAAGCGAAAAUGGCAAGUUACUUCUUAAUAUUCUUGGCCAUUCAUGCUGCUUAUGUACUUUUUACAGAAGUUUUACGAUUUUUAUUACAAAUCCAGCCAAAAUAUCAUUUGAAAAAAAAAGCUUCUGCUAAAUACCACCAAGUUCAGUUCAUUGGUGGAGCCUGAGACGAAACCCUCGAGGCUGUUGAAUGUUAUUUAUUAAAAUUCUUUUGGGUCUCGCCAAGAAUUGAGCUUGAUUCCCCGUAUUCACUCUCAUUCAAGAGGCAAGCAGGCAGAAGAUAGAAAAGUUUUCGGCAUUCAAAAAUUCAGAUCUAAUCAACAGAGAUCUGGUGAGAUCUUUCCAUUUUAUUUAGGCAGAAGAUGUUUUUAGCUUGGUAAUGAGACUUUGAAAAAUAGAUAAAAUUUUUUGUUUUCACUUGAAUAACAGCAUGCUACUGCAACUGUAACCAUCCUUGGAGGCUGAGUCAGCAUUUAAGUGCAUGAUCUACCAUAUUUGGUUUGAUAUCAAUCGUUUUGGAAACUUUACAGAAUCUGUCCCAUGUUCCGAUGGAUUAAAGAUUGACUAAAAGACACCCAUCAGACUUGGUUGAAACAUUUCCAACUAUAAAGCGCAAAUCUUUGAUCAUGAAAAAAUCAUGAGAAAAUUUAAAGCACUUUUGCAGGUUUAUUCACUACCUCAAACUUUGUUUGGUUUAUAAAAAGCUUGUCCGAUUGCCUAGUUUUACCCAAACUUUCUCAAUAUUCUAUACAAAAUUUGGGAAAGUUCCGGUUCUGUUCGGCUCCCCGGAUUUUGUUGGAAAAAUCCGUAUUGAUUCACUAUAUUUGCUGAAUCCAACAAGAAAAGUUCAGAUGUUUCGAUGAAAAAAAAAGUUCCAUGCGUUUUUCUCUUGAUUUAUGUUGAAAAAUACCUGGGACUUGAUAAAAUUUUUCAAAUUAUGCCGAGAUUAAAGGCUUCAAAUUUUCGAAUGAAAAGCCUAGAUUUUGCUAGGGUUUUUAAUAAAAUAGUUUGGAUUUGCCGGAUUGCUCGGUACGUGUCAAACUUUUUUUUUACAAAACUAUAUAACCUACGUCCUACAUUCAACAGGUAAGGUUCAGGUUUUUAAGCCUUUCAGUAGACUUUGAUUAUGGAUUUUUAAGCUGGACAACGGCUAAUCAAAUCUUCAGCCCAAGCCAACGUAGUCCCUAAAAACAUCCAAAGGAUUCCCUCCCUUAGUUGAGUUCCUCGAUUAUCUUAAAGGGUGAUGCGGUCAAAAUUUGGUCAAGGGAAAACGCGUGUAAAUCGGUGAAAUCGUUUAUUUAAAAUAUCAAAUUAAAUUUCUCUUUCAAGUUUAGUUAGUAUAAAAUUCAGGAAAAAUAUUCAGUUAGGCUUCCGCUUUUCCAAAUCCAAAUUGCCGGGCCUUACGCUUAACCCCUGCCAUCAGAUUUUGUAAAGCCACCUUGUCCACCUUCUUCGCCGCAGAAAGCCAGUUUGCCUUGAACUGCUGCUCGUCCUUAGCAGUUUUUUUGGUCUUCUUUUGGUUACGUUUGACAACAGUCCAGUAUUUCUCAAUUGGGCGGAGCUCUGGCGUGUUGGGAGGGUUCUUGUCCUUGGGAACCACCUGCACGUUGUUGGCGGCGUACCACUCCAUGGCCUUUUUACCGUAAUGGUAAGAUGCCAAAUCCGGCCAAAACAGUACGGAACAACCGUAUUUCUUCAGGAAAGGCAGCAGACGUUUAUUCAAACACUCUUUCACGUAAAUUUCUUGGUUGAAAGUCCCGGAAGCUAUUAAAAUGCUACUUUUCAAGCUACAGUAUAGAUGGCUUGCCAAACCAGAUAUUUCUUCGCGAACUUUGACAGUUUCAUGUGCUUGAAAAUAUCUGCUGCCUUACCCCUUCCUUUUGCCGUAUAAAACUCCUGUCCCGGAAGCUGCUUGUAGUCGGCUUUGACGUAGGUUUCGUCGUCCAUUACCACGCAGUCAAACUUCGUCAGCAUCGUCGUGUACAGCCUCCGGGAUUGCGCUUUGGCCGUCGUAUUUUGUUUAUCAUCGCGAUUUGGAGUCACUACCUUCUUGUAAGUCUAUAGUCCGGCUCGAUUUUUGGCUCGAUGCACGGUUGUAGACGAUACACCCAGCUUAUUUGCGGCAUCUCGGAGAGAGAGGUUAGGGUUUCGCUUGAAACUACCGGCAAACCCUCUUUGUCGUCACAGCGGCUUCCGGUUUUCGAUUUCUUCCCGAUCCAGACUUCCUGGCUGUCGACAAACGUUCCCCAAACACUUUAAUUACAUUUGUAACGGUUGAUUUGGCAACUUUUAGCAAUUUUGCCAGCUUUGCGUACGAGAAGCUCGGAUUUUCGAGAUGCGCGAGCAAAAUUUUGAUACGCUGCUCUUCUUCCUUGGACGGCAUUUUGACAACUGAAGAGUGAAUUCCAAAAUCAAAAUAGGAGCAACAUUCUACACACACACACACACCUUCAAAAUAAGGGGUGUUCAGGUUUUUUAAAUGCAAAAUUGAAAGAAAUAUGUCAAGUUGAUAUUGACCAAAUUUUGACCGUAUCACCCUUUAUUCAGAUCUUUUUUUAUUUCAAAUCUUCACUUUGAUAGUUUCCUCCAUACUUGGCUCCUAAUGCUCUGCUUUUCGAUCCACUUGCACAACGACGGGCGUAUUUUGUCGGGAGACAAAAUUUCUAUCCGGUUCGAAGAACCAUUUUAUUGUGGCCAUGAAAAGCCAUAGGACUGUAGGGAGGAAAGGCCUUGGCGAAACUACCACUGUUUGCCCUUCCUCCUUCUGGGAUUGGGCUUUGACAACCCCUGGUGGUUGCCAAAAAGUGGAGGCAGGUCCGCAGACUGUCUGCCUGGAGGCCCAGCGGCCUUGGUCGAUGUGAGCGCUUGGGGAAACUACCACUGAUGGUCCGUUCCUCUCUUGGACUUGGACCUCAAGAGACAACCACGCAUGGUUGUCCCAUCAGUGGAGGCAGGUCCUCAUGACGCUGCCUGGCGGCCAAGGCUCGGAGGGAUCUCGAUCGCCUAAUUGACUGAGAUCCAAACUCUUUCAGAUUGAGGGGCCCUUAAAAGAGACGAUUUUGGCAGCUGGGCCCGGGAGCAAAGGCGUCGGAGCGAAGCAUUGUCGGACAGAACAAUAUCAAAAAAUCAAUUUUAAAAUUUUAAGACAUUAUGACCAAAAAUCUGAAAUUUUACUUUUAUACUGCUAUUACGAGAGUUAUGAUUUAUAAGACAUGAUGGCUUUAUCAUCAAAUGAAAGGUAUGAAGGAUUUUUUUAAACAGAAAAGAAAUGUUUCGAUUUCCCCGAAAACUCCACGAAAGACUACCACCCCAUCGAAAGCCAUGGCCAGUUAGUUUCAACUACAUUAUGCAACUGUUUUCAACCUCUCGAGAUGGUUUUUAGUUUGCGCAAACUUAUUGUUUAUCCAUGGGUUUCCACCAACAACAAAAAAAAACAAUACCAAACGUUAAAACGAACCGAAACAAAAAGAAGGCGCGUUUGCACGAAGCACAUUCCAGAGAACAACCAACAAUACCGCAACAAAAAUAUAACCACAAAUUCUCGACAGCUAUGAAAGAACUAAAAAACCAUUAAAAUUAUAUAUUAUAUUUAAAAACACACCGACACGCAACACAUAAACACAUAGGAGAUAAUCAUAAACUUUGGUGAGGAUAAACAGCAUCAAAACAACCUUUUUGGAUGUGAUUCAAAAUUGUCAGUCGGCACAGUCCCUAAUAUUUUUUUUCAGUUUCAUGAAAGUUUUCAUUAUCCUUAGUAGUUGUGCAGCGCAAGUUGCAGAAGGUUCAGAAUCGGAGACAAAAAAAAAGCAAAACCAAUUGUAGAUGGUUUUAAAAAAAAAAUCCCGAGGGGAAAGAUGCGUCAGUUUUUUUCCCCGAAACCCAUUUUCGUUCGUAGAACUCUUUAAUGAUUAAACUGAGCUAAGCUUAUUUUCGAGUGUAGAACUUAUUUAUUAUAUCUUACGUUUAGGAUUCAUGUGUUUCGUAUGAGAAAAAUGGAAAUCAAAUAGACAGCUCUGUGGGAAGUUUCAACUAUCAGAAAUUUUUGAGGAAGGCAGUCGAAAAACAAAUCAAUUUAUCAGUCUUAAGUGGAACCGAUUAGAGAGGAGAAAUCUUUAUAUAAACACCUAGUAUUAGUUGACGUUUUAGUUCACCGUAUGUACGAUGUUAUAAAAAAACAAGCAAAAUUGAACAAAAAUUAAAAAAAUCCAAAGGUACAGAUAUGAUUCUUUCAAAAAGUAACAUAAAUAGAAGUUGUUUUUUUCGUACAGGAACACCAUCCCCCUAAAUAGGAAAAAAAUCCCUAAUGUUAUGAGAAGGAAAGUUACUGAUACCCUUGUAGAUGAAUUACGUUAGACUCCAUCACAAUACACUCCCCAAAAUAUGAUAUAAACAAACAAAAACCUGAGCGGAGAGACCUAAUGAAUCAUUAUAAGGACACAGACCGCUAAAGCUAAGAUAAAAUUAAACACAUAAAAAAACAACUUCAAACACCUACACAGUUACGAUGGGAGAAAAGAGUAAAAAAGAAGUAAGAACACAUAGGAACUAGUAAUCAAAUCAAUAUAAACAAAAUAAACUAAUGAUUCAUGAACAAAACAGAACAGAUAAAGCUACAAGUAAAUAAACAGCAAAACAGAAACCACUAAUAGCCUUUAAAUGUGAAAACAAAAUAGACAAGCAAACAAACAGAGACAGACAGAAAACGGAAUGGAACCCAUAACUUAUCGACACAAUCUAAUACUAACACCUGCAAAAGGGAAAGUUGAAAAGUCACAAAACCCGACACACACUCACACAUACUUACCCAACACAGCUGAACCGAAAACUGUCAAAACUGUUGCUGCCGGAAACUCUUAUUACUCAAUGCGGUAAGCAAAAAAAAGGAAAAUACAGCAGAAGAAAAGAACAAUCCUACAAAGUCGAGGGACAAACUUUACACUGAAAAGAGUAAUAGAAACAAACAAACAUCAACAAAAAAAGAAAUACAAAUAAAAUAAAAAUAAAUAAGUCAUUAUGAUACAAAACUA